AUGCGUUCUUCAUUCUUCAUCCACUUCCUAGUCUCUUUCGUUGCAGUCAAUGCACUCAGCGCUCACCCUCGAUCUACGGUCAAUGGUCCAUGUACUGGCAAAGACGGACGUGCUGGUGUCUGCAUCUCCAAGUCGUCUUGUGAUGGUGCUGGAGAGAGCUGGGUCAACAACGCCUGUCCAGGAACGCCCGAGGAUAUAAAGUGCUGCACGAAACCCUCUUGUCAGCAGGCUGGCAGGUCUGGCGACUGCCGCUGGCAGGAUAAGUGUGGUGCAGAUUCCGAGACGCUUACAGGUCUCUGUCCUGGACCCAGUGCGUUCAAAUGCUGUGUUCCCAAAGACGACAAGCCUGGCAACGACGGAGACCUUGGGCAGAAGAUUUUGAAGAAAGCGAAGGAAGCCGAAGGAACACCUUACCACUGGGGAGGCGGAAGCUGCAAGGGGGCUACUGGAGGCGGUUAUGACUGUUCAGGUUUGGUCUCUUGGGCCGUCUGCCAGGUCACCGGAAGAGACCUUUUCUCUGAAGGUCUGCGAGUGACACGCAGUAUGUACUGUGCAUCCGAGAGCAAGCUGAAGUACAAGAAAGUCAAGUUCGCUGAUAGACGAGCGGGCGACGCAGUCUUCUUCGGUGGCGCAUGUGAUUGCAAGAGUAACCCAAAGGGCAUCCACCAUGUCGGUCUCAUGAUGGACAGCAAGUACAAUAUGUGGAACGCAUUCAAGACUGGAACCAAUGUACGAAAGGACAACUUCGAGAACUGGGACGAGAAGGCGUGUCCUUACGUGAUCCGCUUCGAGUAG